UCUAAUUUAACCAAUUUAUUGACAAUUAACUUUUCAAUGCAACAAUAAUAAUCAACUAAUUGUCACAGUAAACUUAAUGUUUCCCAUUUGAUUGAAUGGUUUAAUUUUUUCCACUAAUUUCCAAGCUAUUAAAAUGUCUCCUUCGGGCUUAUUGUUAUCCUUAAUUGUUGCUCUCUAUUUAGUUUUCUUGGUUGUAACUCCAAUCUCGUCGAGUUCAAUUGCUAAAUUAUUAGCGGAGAAAAUAAAUUCAACGGUUAAUUGUCCAAAAGGGACUAAUUGUUCAUCAUUCUUAGAUUGUAAAACUGUAUUAACGGCUCAUAAUGAGAAAGAUUUGAUUGAAAAUGUUUGUUUCAAUUCAGGUCAAAUUGGAAUAUGUUGUCCAAUUGUUUUGGAUAAUUGUGUUGAGAAAAGUUCUGGAUCAAAAUCAGUGUUGACUAUCUCACCGUCAAUGGAUGAUGAUCAUGAGGAAUUAUUGAAAUCACCUAAGCUUUUGGGUGGAAAAAUUUCUCGUAAAGAUUUUGAUUCAAUUAUCGAAGAAGCAAAAUUAAAAAGUGAACAAAUUGUUUCGAAUAUUAAAAAGAUAGCCAAUCAUCAUCAACAACGCAAGAAAACUCGAUUAACCCGAGAUACUGGAAUUAAAGGUCAAAGUCGAGAGGAAGUUUACCAACGAAAUCUGGGAAUUGUACCAAAUAUUAGUGACGAUGCUCUUUACCUCCAACAAUUAACUCUUUCGAUGGCGAAAAAACUUGGAUUAACCAAACCAAAGCAAAUUGCAACUCUAAAAUCAAUUCAAAUCAUUGAGCCCGAUAAAUGUACCGUUAACAUCACUUGUAAUCCUUAUAGUAAAUAUCGUCCUAUUGAUGGUUCGUGUAACAAUAUCGAUAAUCCUUAUUGGGGUAAAGUUCUAACCCCUUAUAGCCGAGUGAUUUUACCUCAAUAUGGUGAUGCCAUUGAUGCACCUAAACUGUUUGGUGCCUCAGGUAAUGAACUACCAUGGGCUCGUCUUUUGUCAACCACUUUGAUUAAAGAUAAACCAAUGGAACAUCAUAAUUUGGAUACUAUGGCUCUCGCUUAUGGGCAAUUCCUUGAUCAUGAUUUAACUCAGGUAGUUGGAACUACACUUCCCGAUGGAGGAGCAAUUACUUGUUGUGAUUCGAAAACAAAUAAAAUUCUAUCAGCUGAAUUUCUUCAUCCAUCUUGUUUUCCAAUAAUGAUUCCACUUGAUGAUCCAUUUUAUUCUAAAUAUUCAGUUGAGUGUUUGAACUUUGCUCGAACUGCAUUUGGUUUACCUGAGAAUUGUGUUCUUGGUCCUCGAACUCAGAUUAACAAUUUAACUCCUUGGCUCGAUGGGUCAAUUAUCUACGGGGCAUCAUUUGAAGCUUCAGAUAAACUUAGAGCGGGCAAAGGAGGCUUAAUGGACUCUCGAGUUUCAGCCGCUGGUGAAAUUUUACCUCCACAAGGGGAUAUGUGUAAUAACGACACUUAUUGUUUGGGUGGAGGUGAUUCUCGAGUUAAUCAGCAACCGGGAUUAAUGGCGACUCAUAUAACAUGGUUAAGAGAGCACAAUAGAAUCGCCAGUAAAUUAGCUCAAUUGAAUCCUCAUUGGAACGAUGAAGAUAUUUUCCAAGAGACAAGAAGAAUCGUCAUCGCUGAAUUUCAGCAUGUUACUUACAAUGAAUUCUUACCUUUAAUUAUUGGUUCAAAUCUAAUGAAAAAGUAUGACCUUUAUCCUCGUCGUUCGGGUUUCAAUGAGUUUUAUGAUGCUACACUUUCUCCAGCAAUUAUCCAGGAAUUUGCUUCGGCAGCAUUUAGAUUACACACAUUGAUCCCAGAAAAGAUUGAAUUAAAGGACAACAAUUUAAGUGUUACUCGAAUUGUCCCUCUGAAAACUCAAUUUUAUAAUCCAUCGGUUUUUUAUGAGAAACCGACUGUUUAUCAAUCGGUAAUCAAUGGACUUUUAAGUCAACCAACCUGUCCAGCGGAUAAUAUUAUCACCGAAGCGAUAACCAAUUACCUUUUCCCUCCGGGAACUCAUGGAUCAGAUGAGCCUUGGGGAUUUGAUUUGUUCAGUAUUGAUAUUCAAAGGGGUCGUGAUCAUGGACUUGCGAGUUAUAAUGAAUGGAGGGAAACUUGUGGCUUUAAGAGAGCGGCUAAUUUUACCGAUCUGAGCGAUUACUUUUUCGCUGAAAGUUUACCUCUUGUUGAAUCUUUAUACUCUUCCGUUGAUGAUAUUGAUCUUGUUGUCGGCUUGAAUUUGGAACCUCGUCCAUCAGGAAUGAAUGUUGGACCCACAGCGGCUUGUAUAAUAACCGAAACAUUUAGAAGACUCAAAUUUUCUGAUCGCUUUUGGUAUGAGAAUUCAGGUCAACCUUCAUCGUUCACUUUGGAUCAAUUAACUUCUAUUAGGAAUGUAACUUAUGCUCGAAUUCAUUGUGACAAUAAUAAUAUUGAACAAAGUCAAUCAAUGGCACUAAUCCAACCCUCAGAUCUUAAUCCUCGUUUACCUUGUUCACAAUUAUCUCCCAGUGUUGAUUUAGAUUAUUGGAAAGAUGAACCACUUGGAAACAAUGGAGUCUCUCUCAUGUAAUAAUCUAGACCAACAUAAUUAUACAAUUAAAAUGAUCCAAAUCGUUUAAAUGGUUAA